GUAUCAGGUUUGUGACCUCUCACCUUUGUCCCGUCUAUGAGCCGGAGUCCGCCAUUUUGUUUUGCGUCGCGUCUUUGUUGCUCACUCAUCCAAACGCAAUUUUUCGUAAUUCCAGAAACCGUGAGGACCUUUAACCAUCACAGACAUUCAGUUUCGGUGGAGAACGGUGCGCCGGGUAUCCUGGGAAGGAGAUGGACAGUCCUGAACGUCUUGGGAAGGAGAGUGACUACAACGAACAUCUUGGGAAGGAGACUGACAUUCGGAAGACCCAGACAACAGACAUGGACCUGCAGCCGGUAAAGUGUUAUGUCAACUUUCCCCAACCUGACAACAUAUCGACCUCACAGGUACAAGAAAGCGAAGGCGAUAUGGGAAGGCAUGUGGUUAAAGACGCUAGUGGUGAGAAACCAUACAUGUGUGAAGUGUGUGGGUCCAGAACGCCUAGAAAAUGUAACUUAUCCCUACAUACGAGAACCGAUACAGAUGAAUUGUUUGACGGAUUUGAUCAGAAUGACUAUUCUGCAGCUCAAAACAGCCAUUUGAACAAUCACUCGGUAACAAAACGCACUGGUGACAAACCUUACAUGUGUGGGGAAUGUGGAUACAGGACAGAUUACCAUUCCCACUUAUCCAAUCAUAUGAGAACUCAUACAGGAGAAAAACCCUACAAGUGUCAUCAGUGUGACUAUUCUGCCAGACAGCAAUCAGCUUUGGACAACCACCUAAAGAGGCACACCGGUGAGAAACCAUACAUAUGUCGGGAGUGCGGAUACAGAACGAUUACAAAGACCAACUUACUCCGUCACAUGAGAAAACAUACAGGUGAAAAACCUCACGCCUGUGACUUUUGCAACUAUUCUACUGCAGAUAAAGGUACUUUAGAACGGCACAUUACUGCAAAACAUGCCGAUAAGAAACCCUACAUGUGUGACGAGUGGGUCCAGGAUAGCUGAUAGGUCCUACAUUACAAACAUAUGGGGAAAAAGCCCACCUGAAUAAAAAGCUUGACACAAAAAAAUUCUUUGGUCAAAGUACGAGAGAACACGAACAAACAAAUGUCCGGAAAAGCUACAAAAGUUAAGUUUCCUAAAUUGACAUGUUUUUUUUUUUCGACUAGAUAUGUUACAUGUAAAUCAGCUCUCCUACUCAAUGCAGUUAUUUAUCAACUCCAAAAUUAUUCGUCAAAUAAAUGUUCCAAUCUGUGUGAUAAGUCGACUUUCCAGCAAGCUAGUUUUGAAAAGACAGUGAUCUUGGACAACCUGAAAGUCUACAAUUUGACGAUUGUUGAUACUUGUUUAUGAUGUUCGUACAGAACGCAUUAUUCGUACCUUAUGUAUGCUAUAGUUAACGUUUACAAGUAAUAAACGAUGCACAUUCUU